AAUAUAUAAUUUGGGUUGGAGAAAAGAAGAAUCGCAGGGAAAGGGAGCAGCCUGAGGCCAGGCAGAGUUUGUUCAAAUCAUCUCUCUACCCAAUACCAUGGAUGCGCACCACGCCUCCCUUGGUCGACGAACGUUGGAAGAGAUUCGUCAAAAGAGAGCAGCUGAGAGAUUGAUCAAAACUUCUUCUGGACCAGAUCUCACCCAACCUUCCUUUCACAAUGAUUUUGUUGGAAUGAAAAAAUCAGAGAGCGGAAAUCGACUCACAGAGGCCGAUGUUAGUGGUUUGGUAUCUCAGCUACAAGACCUACAGAGGAAGAAUGCAGAAUUGGAGGAAGAGAACAAUAAAUUGACUUCAAAGCUUCAAACUAGGGAAGCUGAGAAUGAUGCGCAACAAAAGCGUUUGACUAAUCUGGAACAAAACACUGUACCAUCUCUGAGAAAAGCUCUAAAGGAUGUCGCGAUGGAGAAAGAUGCAGCAGUUGUUGCACGGGAGGAUCUUUCUGCUCAGCUUCGUACACUCAAGAAACGUCUAAAGGAAGCAGAGGAAGAACAGUAUCGAGCUGAGGAAGAUGCUGCAGCCUUGAGAGCAGAGCUGAAUUCAAUGCAGAGACAAGCAAUGAAUCCACUUGGGGGAAUCAACUCAAUUGGAAAUCCACCAGAUCAUGUACAAAUCUUAGAAAAGGAACUAGCUAGUUUAAAAUCUGAGUUACAGCAAGUGUUAGUAUUGAGGCAGCAAGAGCAACAACGAUUAGUGGAGGAGCAGGCCCGGAUUUCAGCUCUCGUUUCUGAAAAGCAGGAGUUGGAAGAGAAACUGACAGCUAUAUCCAGAAGGGCUUCAGAAGAAGUUUCAGAAAAAGUGGCACAGAAGGAAUUAUCAUUGGAAGACAAGGAGAAACUUGAGAAGCAGUUGCAUGAUAUGGCAGUAGUGGUUGAGAGAUUGGAAAGUAGUAGACAGAAACUUCUGAUGGAGAUUGAUUCCCAAUCUUCGGAGAUAGAGCGGCUUUUUGAGGAAAAUUCUAAUCUCUCAAGUUCUUAUCAAGAGGCAAUGGGUGUAGCAGUGCGCUGGGAGAAUCAGGUGAAAGACUGUCUUAAGCAGAAUGAGGAGCUUCGCGGAACCGUAGAUAAGUUGAGAACAGAGCGGGCCAGGGGCAUUCCUGAAUCUUAUAGAGAUGGGGUGAACGAGACUGGUUCAUCAGCAUCUACAACUGAAAUUCUCUCUCUCCAGGGCCAACUAGGAAAAGAACAGAGCAGAGCAGAGGCACUGUCAGCAGAGGUCAUGCAGCUCUCAGCACGACUUCAACAAAUCACACAAGCAUAUAAUGGUCUUGCACGCGUCUAUAAGCCUGUGUUGCGGAACAUUGAAAGCAGUCUCAUCAAACUGAAGCAAGAUGGGUCUGUGACUGUGUGGUGAAUGCAGGAGCAAUGUUGUGAUAUUUUGCAUGAGGUCGUUAAAGCAGAUCAUUCAUGUGUGAAGAGUUUCAAAUUUGUGUUGGCAUUUUUUACUUUCUAAGUUUUAACAAAUGAGUUUUGUGAUGAUGAUAGACAUGGCUUUUCAGAGUGACACUGAUGAGACAAUUUUGUAAUGCAAUAUCCUAGUAAAACAAAAAAAGAAAGAAAAUAACAGAAACCUCAAUUAGUAGUAGAACUUGUGCACUGAAUUCAACUUUCGUUGGAUUAGGCUGAGUUGAGUUUGUGUAAUUUGAAAAGAAAGUCAAGUAUAGGGUCGUAAAUUUUUUAGUUAA